AUGGCUUCAUUGGCAACAAGUCUAGGUUUCGAUGUGGUCGAGGAUGACAUGCCAGCUCUUCUGGCUUCUUUCGAUAUCCCGUCGGAGCUCCACGCUGUGAUUGGCAACUUUACGCCCAAGCUUUUCGGGCUUGUGGCUACAGAUCUUACAGACUUGAAUCGCUUCCUUGCUUCUUUGGAAUUGGCUUCUUGUAGCGAAGAUGAGUUCGUGGUUCGUGCCAAGAUUCGUCGUCUUUGGCAGCACUGCUCUGCACCUGAAGUACCAGCCGAAAAUCCUGCGGUGAAUGCAACGCAACCACUGUCCACUACUUCCUCGACAAGUACGUGGGCGGAGACUUUUCCACCCAAGCUGGAUGCUGCCGUUGUACGCUCUUUUCGGGAUCGCUUCGAGAAGUCUUAUCCUUCCGAAAUACUGGACAGUGAAUCGAUGCCGAGUUCACGGCUUUUAGCUUUGGCACAUCGUUAUGUCAAAAACAAGGAGUGGCAGUGGAUUCCUUGGGCUUGGCGUAUGAGCCAAGCUCAGCUUGACGCCUCCCAGCUUCAACGGCCGAGUAAGCUGCCUAAGCUUGACAAUCUUUUCGUGGACGAAGUGCCUGUCCGGGACCUUCCACAUGGCAACAACCCAGCAUCAGAAGGCAUCCUUCGUUCUGUGCUCUCAAUUCACUCCAAUGCCAUAGCCCUGGUGGAAGGUGCGCAUCUUGGCGUCCUUCGCCUCUAUGAGAAGCGUUUCUUGAAGUUGGCCUUGCAGCGCUUCGAGAAUGGCUCUGGCUUGCGCUCUGUCAAUGUUCAGGAGGCGAUGAAUGCAGAUCGUCGAGCUUGGGAAGUGAUUGGUGAUUUGCUUGCUCAUGGCUGGCAGCUUGACGACGCGAUCUCUGAAGUUGUGGAGGUCCGAAACGAGCUGUCCUCAAUGCUUCAAGCUCGUCCUUGGAUUCCGAAGUUUGAGCCUUCUCGGGGCAAGGGCGGGUUCAAGGGCAAGCCUCCCGGCAAACCUAAGGGUAAGGGUAGGGGGUUUGGCCUUAAAGAAGCUUUUUCAGGCAAGGAACGCACACCCUGGGCAACAGAGAUCGUGCGCAACAGCGAGGGUGCCAGCGACCCGCUUGCAAGUUUCUCCAUGUUUGCUGUGUUGCCAAGCAGGACGGCGCCCCUUGCGGUGGGAAGCAUAGUGCAACUCAGCACCGGGCAACUCCUCACUGACUAUCAUGGUGCAUUGGAACAGCCCGCACCUCCCCCAUCUUCCCAGUCCGUGGAUUGCUCCGGCGGCCUGGUGAACAUUCACGAAAAGCCUUUUUCUUUUAACCCACGUCUUCUUCAUGGUUCUUCUGAGUGGGUUGGAGAUCGAUGGGUGCUAAUCGCGUACACCCCGCAAGUUUUCCAAUCUGCGUCAUCCGAAGAAUUAUUGCAGCUGCAGUCGCUAUCUUUUCCAUUCCCUGGGGCUGAGACCACAUCUUCGGCGGCACUUUCACCAUCGCCAUCGCUAGUGCCUUUGGCGUCAGAUACAAAGCUUUUCCUGGACCUCUGCUGUGGCUCUUCGGCUCCUUUCUCCACGGCGGUACGUGCGCUGGGUAUUCCUUGUCUUGCAGUUGAUCCACUUUUUGGAGAAGGUUUGGACCUUCUUCACGAUGAGACUUUUGAUAUACUUCUGGCCUUGGCUCACAAUGGUGUCUUUAAAUUGGCACAUGCUAGUCCACCCUGUGGCGAGUUUUCGCUGGUUAAGCUUCGAGAAGACGGUGGGCCUCGGGCUAUCCGCACUCCAGAUGAGCCUUAUGGCAGGUCUGAUCUUACUGAGGCAGAGUCCGAACGAUUGCAUACCAGCUUUACGUUGGCAACCCGUUGCAUAUCUUUGCUGCUGGCAGUGUUUGAGUCCGGUGGCCAAACCAGUCUUGAGCAUCCCAGGAACUCUAUGCUUUGGCUUUUGAAGGAGGCUCAGUUCUACCUAAACUCUGUGGCAGCUGAUGUGGUCGUCACGUCCGCUUGCCAGUGGCAGCAGGAUUGGUUUAAGCACUGGGCGUUUGCGACAUCUCUUCGAUCACUUCAGAGCCUGGCUGGCGUUUGCCCACAUGGGAAGGAUGCACACGCACAGAUCUGGGGCGCUGUGGCAUCCUUCAUUUCUGAUAAAGAUGUGUCGCUAUGGCCAUGCUUGCAUGAGGGGGCAGAAAAGGAUCCGGAGUUGUUCCGUGAUCUCAUUGAGCAGGAGGUGGCUGCUGGCUUCUUGGAAGAGGUUGGUUCACUGGAGACGGCGCAGUCACGUUGGCCGAAUCUCACUGCCGUGGGCAAGUGCAACAUUUGCUUCAAUAUUCCUCUCUCGUGGGCCAAAUUACAGUUUGGUGCACGUGUGGUUUGGAUAGGCUGGUCGUUUAACCUGCGCUCACACUCCUUUCAUCUGCCAUACGAGAAGCUCGAGAAAUUGCGUACAAUGCUGUCGACACUGCUCAAAGGCGAGUUCACUACGCGGCAUGAAUUGGAGAUCGUUGCCGGUUAUUUGCAGUGGGUUUUCCAGAUGCACAAACUGCUUAAGCCUUGGUUGUCAUGUUUGUACGAUGACAUGCGUCGUCCAGUUGCAACUUCAUACUCCCGGCAGUUACCUGGCGCGGCGCUCCCUCUGGGUGGUCGUCUCCUUUCGGUGAAACAUCAGGCCUUGCGCAGCAAAGCAGAUCUACGACGUGUUGGUAUUUCACCAAAGCGUAUCUGGCUUCGCAUAACCAAUCCUGCGUCAUCCAAGCGUCGACUUUCGCACCAAUCAAAGGUCUUCCUGCGAUACUGGCAGCAAUGGGCGCAGAUGCCUUUCUUUUCUCGCCCCCUGGCUAUGCCGCCUCGCUGGCUCCCAGACGCUUUCGCUGCAGAUGCCUGCGCUUCUGGCAACAAGAUUGGGAUUGGCGGUUUCAUCAAGAUGGGCGAUGCACCUGCAGUGUGGUUUUCUGAGGUAUUCAGCCUUCGUUCUCUUCAGAAACUGAUCUCUGAUCUACCGUCAGUUGCACAAGAGGCCAUCACGUGCUGGGAGACUUUGGCCCAAAUGGGGCUUGCAGAAGUUGAGGGAGCCAUCCCCGAGAUCUUCCCAGGUCAGGUUUUGUCCCGGUUGCAGAUUGCCCAAAUCAAAGCAGCGUGGGCGGGCAUGCAAGCAUCCAGCUCCUCUAGUGUUUCGCCGGCCCCAGUCAAUGCAGAUCCUACUUUGGAGACAUGGGUAGAGAGUUUUGCUCCCAAACUUGCAUCCACGAAGCUGUCCGACAUGAAGCGCCAAUUCCUUGCAAAUUACCCAAGUGAGGUCUUGAAUCCAUCUACUCUACCCUCUUUGAGGCUGAUUUCCCUCGCAGCCCAUCAAGAGGCACGGUCGGAGUAUAAAUGGAUAGCUUGGAAACAUCGCAUGACGGAAGAGAAAGCUUCGGAGUUGUUGAUUGCCCGACCCCACAAACAGCCCAAGCUCGAAAUGCUGGGUCUUUCCAGCUUGCUCCUAGAUGAUCCGCCUACAAUCGAAGUGACCGAUGCCAAUAUGGGGAUCAGUGGUAUCCAGCGGAUCUUGGCAGUGCAUGACGUUGCAUUAGCCAUGGUUGGCUCAGCUCACCUUGCCCGCCUCAAGGCCUAUAGCUGCAAGUUUGUCCAGCUCGUGUCCCAGCGUUUCGACCCAGCAUCAGGACUGCGUGCACCGACAAUUCUAGAAGCGCAACAGGCAGAUUGUCGGAUUUGGCAGAGCAUCCACUCUUUGGUCAGUGAGAAAGCCUGGAGCUUGAAUGACGCGUUGCAUGAGUUCACAGAAAUUAGAGGUGAGCUCAGCACCUUGUUGCAGGACAAGGGCGGUAAGCCCAAGGGCGCUCCAGGGAGGCACAUCACCUUCGUGAAAGAAAUCCAGGUGCAAGCCGUGUCGCUGGAUAUGAUAUCCAGCCUGCAGCUCGGCCAUCCGCGUUACUGUCGGCCUCUUGGCCUCCACGCGUUCUUCCCGCCAGGUGAGACCUGGAAUGCCUUGUGUGUCAGCAGGAAUAUCCUGACGUCCCCGCACAAAGACACAGCAAAUUUGCCGGGGUCGUCAAACUUGACAGUGGGUAUAGGUUCGUACUCGGAUGGAGGUCUUUGGAUAGAGGAUCAAGCAGGCACUGUGCCUCAGUUCAUUCCCAAGCUUGGGGUGACUCUCAUGGGGAAGAUCGUCAGAACGCAUCAUGAGCCAUUUAAGUUCCCGGUGCACCUAUGGCAUUGCGCCCAACCAUGGCUUGGUGAUCGCUGGGUGCUGACGGCCUUUACCCUCCCAGGUGCCAUGUCCUGGGAUGAAGCCUGCGUUCAAGGCUGGUUGCAUUGUGGGUCCACAGCUCUCAUUGUUCUCCCAGCCUGUGCAUUUGGGGAGAACUGGGCAAAAACUUGGCUGUUUGCAUCGAGCUUUCAAGCCCUCUCGGUGAUGGGGCAGACGUGUCAACACGGACGCAAUGCUCACGAGUCCGUGCAAGGCCCUGGACGUUGGACCGUGGGUGAUCCACGAUGGGGCAGGUCGCCACUCUUGUGGGGAUUGGAGCACUCCAUUAAGCCAGGAUAA